AUGUCUGCCCAAAUAUCGCACAUCCCAUCUGAUAGUCUGAAUGAUGAGAAUGCCUUUCGGAACCCAGAAAAGCAUGAAGCUGGAACAAAAGAUACAAUCGAUCCCUUUGUAGCUGAUCUUGAGGGAGAAGGAUUAGAAUUCGAAAAACAAAAACUCCGUGAGAAAGUUGAAGCUGUUGAGCUUAUACCUACAGAGGCUUUUCAAUGGAAUGUUGAUGAUGAUCAGUCACCUUUUCCCGAGGUCGCUGCUUGUGUCUUGAAUACGGAUGAUCCCAGUAUUCCUUGCAACACAUUCCGCGCCUGGUUGCUCAUGACUGUCUUCGUCAUCGUUUUCGCUGGUGCUAAUCAAUUCUUUGCUUUGCGCUAUCCUUCCUUGAGUAUCGGAUAUGUUGUGGCACAGUUGUUAGUAUUCCCAAUUGGGCGAGCCUGGGAGAAACUACCUCGAUGGAGAGUACCACUUGGGGCAUUAUCAUUCGACAUCAAUCCGGGAAAAUUCUCUGUGAAAGAACAUGCCUUAAUCGUCAUUUGCGUGAAUAUCAGUGCCAGCGCUGCCUAUGCUACAGGCGCUCUUGUGGCAAUCGUUAGUCCCGUUUACUGGAACCAUGACAACGGUGCCGGAUUCACGUUUGCUUUCCUUUUAACAACCCAAAUGCUUGGAUUCGGCCUUGCAGGUCUUGCCCGCCGGUGGAUCGUUUAUCCAGCAGCUCUCAUCUGGCCUGCCGCAUUACCCUCCACAGUUCUUUUCCGCUCGCUACAUGAACCUCAAGAACACUUCUCAGCCAACGGUUGGACUUUAUCCCGUUAUCGAUUCUUCUCCUACUUCACAAUUCUCGCAUUUGUUAUUUUUUGGUUCCCAGACUAUCUUUGGACGAGUCUAAGUACAUUUGCUUUUAUCACUUGGAUCGUCCCGAAAAACCAAGUCGUCAAUACGAUUUUUGGCAUGAAUUCUGGUUUAGGUCUGCUACCAAUUAGCUUCGAUUGGACUCAAAUCACAUAUGCCGGUACUCCUCUCACAACACCUUUCUACAUUACCUGCAAUGCAUUUGCGGUUGUGUCUCCACUACUAUCCUCGAGCACAUUCGAUAACACAGGGUCAAGCUAUAAUAUCUCCCGUGUCGUCGACUCCAACCUGGAUUUUGUCCUAAGCAAGUAUGAAGAAUAUUCUCCAAUGUAUAUUUCUAUGUCGUAUUCAUUGUCCUACACUCUCUCAUUUGCGGCCGUCACCGCAAUAGUGGUUCACACCUACCUCUACAACGGAGCUGAAAUCUGGGCCAAGUUCAGAAAUUCUCGGGCCGGAGGUGAAGAUAUCCAUAAACGACUUAUGAACAAUUACAAAGAAGUGCCUAGUUGGUGGUACGGCCUUCUGAGCGUUGUUAUCGUUGGUCUCGGAAUUUUCACAGUUCGAUACUGGGAUUCAGGUCUUCCAGUCUGGGGAUUCAUCGUCGUAUGUUGCGGCAUGGCAGUCACACUCAUUAUCCCCGAAGGAAUCCUCGAAGGCACAACAAAUCAGCGUAUUUUCCUCAAUAUCAUCACCGAGUUGAUAGCCGGCUAUGCCUGGCCUGGUAAACCUAUCGCAAACAUGAUGGUUAAAUGCUACGGAUACAAUUCCGUAAAACACGGUCUGGAUUUCGCUCAAGAUCUCAAGUUGGGUCAGUACAUGAAGAUUCCUCCACGUGUACUUUUCGCAGGACAAGUAUAUGCAUCUGUUCUAGCAACUGCUACUCAGACAGGUGUAUUGAGAUGGAUGUUGGGACAUAUUCCAAAUCUAUGCAGUUCGAAAAAUACACAGCGCUUUACGUGUGCAGGAUCAAAAGUCGUGUAUAAUGCUUCGCUUAUUUGGGGAACAAUUGGUCCACAAAGAAUGUUCCAAGCGGGCCAGACUUACAACAGUAUCAUGUACUUCUUCCUUAUUGGACCGGUGGUCACGAUUGCAGUCUAUUUCAUUUAUAGGAGGUAUCCUGAUAGUUGGGUACGAUAUAUUAAUGUACCGGUUUUCUUCAACGCGGCUGGAAACAUCCCACCGGCAAAUACGACACAGUAUUCGCUUUGGUUUAUAUUUGGAUUUUUGUUCAAUUUCUUGAUCAGAAAGAGAGCUUUCGCGUGGUGGAAGAGAUACAAUUAUCUUCUCCAGGCCGCAAUGGAUACAGGAACAGCGCUUGCAACUAUCAUUAUUUUCUUCGCAUUAACAUACAAUAACAUAACGCUUAGCUGGUGGGGAAAUAAUGUUGGUUCUGAUACCGAUGAUUCGAAUUCGGUACCGUAUCUGAAAGUACCUCCCGGUGGAUAUUUUGGAAAGGCUCCGGGACAUUUCUAA